GCUGCGGAGAUAAAAUUUCUUAGAGAGGAUUAUUAUCCAAUGAGCUGACGGAUUUUGUAACACAAAAGCGAGUCGACUCUAAUGAUUUCUACCACUGAACAGGUUUCAAGCGGUAGCUGUUGUGGCGCGUGUUAAAGUAAUCUUGGUACUGGGCUGUAGAGAUAUUUGAAUUAAAAUCAAAUUUAAAUGUUAUUGAAGGGUGAAGCUUGAGUGAAGCCCACGAUCAUACUUAGCUGUAGAGUAAAGAACAAUGAAGAAUCUGGUGGCAAAGAGUGUCCAGUCCAGCAGUGGUGCUGCCACAGCACCAGCCUUCACCAUCCCCGUUGAUGGUCGAGUGUAUGCUGUCGAAGUGGCUGGAUUUGCAUGGUGCAGUGACCUGGUAGUCUAUGGAACAGCUACCUCAGUUGGUGUACUCCGCAUCACUCUCCCAGAAGACAGUGAGACCGGACAGCUGCAGCACGUGAGUCUGCACGAAUUCCACCACGACUCGCGGGUGCGCUGUCUCGCCUGGAGCGGCGAGACCAACCUGGCUGAGGUGCCUCGCUGUCUGAAGUUUGCGGCCGCCGGCGCCGACCACUGUGUCAGGGUGUACGUCCACACGGGCCCCACGGAAGGCGGGUCGCUGGAGGUUCACCCGCUGGUGGGCCACACUGACUACAUUAACGAUCUGUCGUUCGGCGGACCGGACGGAGACACCCUGGCCAGCGUCGGUGACGACCUGACCUGCCGGCUGUGGAAUGCGGCCGACUUUACACCGCUGGCGUGCAUCGCCUCCGACGGACCGUGUAUGUCGGUGUGCUGGCACGCGGAGGAGCAGUACCAGCUGCUGGUGGCGGCCGCCUCCGGCACCGUCACCUUCUACAACACAGAGACGCGCGCGCCCGUCUCGGCCCUCCACACGGGCGUGACUGGCCUGGCCGGCGCCGACUGGUCGCCACUCGACAGUCUGCGGGUGGCUACCGUGCACGACAGCCGCCUGGUGACUCUGGACGUGUCCCGACUCAGCAAGCCGGAGACGGACCAGGAGGUGCACCACGGCGGCGGGCAGAAGGUGCGCUUCUCGCGCACGGCCAAACAGCACGUGGCCACGUGUAGCCUGACCCAGGUCAAGGUCACCCAGCUGGGCGUGCACCAGGCGCCGCUCGCAGAGGAUCUCAUGGCGGUCGGCGGCAUCAGCUGGCACAGCGUCCUCCCGUACCUGUUGGCCGGCAGCGACCGAAAACUGGUGGUCUGGCGGGUCGCCCUCAUCUAACGCCGGCCCUCAGAGAACACCAGGGCAGACUCGGCAGAGUGCAACUGGCAGCGGCGUGCGGCGGCGGGACAAAAAUCGGCCCACAAUGGUCGGUUGGCGGCGGCGACAGCGUGGAGCCUGGCUGGACCGGUGAGCGGCCUUGGUCGCCGGCCCCCAGUGGACCACCGCGGACCGGUCAGUGAUUGUGGGGCCGGCAGAGAAACAUGGGGUGGCAUGGGUAGCAAUGACAAGAAUGGCAUUACAAAGAGAGGGCAUAACACUUGGAGCCUGGUGUGAUCUCCAAGAUAUAAAGAAUGCGACACUGAAUGGAGGAGCAUCAGAUGGGGGAUAAAAACGAUGAAUGCAAACAAGGGAAAGUCGCCAGAAAAAUAAAAUGAGGACAUGCGGAAAA